CCCGGGAGGCCGGCCGGCCGGGGCUGGGAGCUGAGCCUCAUGCGCCGCCGCCUUCCCCGACGAUGUUCCCCUCCCGGCGGAAAGCGGCGCAGCUGCCCUGGGAGGACGGCAGGUCCAGGUUGCUUCCUGCUGGCCUGCCCCGGAAAUGCUCUGUCUUCCACCUCUUCGUUGCCUGUCUCUUACUGGGCUUCCUCUCCCUGCUCUGGCUGCAGCUCAGCUGCUCAGGUGACGUGGCCCAGGUGGCCAGGGGACAAGGGCAGGAGACCCCAGGCCCACCUCGGGUCUGCCCCCCAGAGCUGCCUCCUGAGCACUGGGAAGAAGACCCAUCCUGGGGUCCCCACCGCCUGGCAGUGCUGGUGCCCUUCCGCGAGCGCUUCGAGGAGCUCCUGGUCUUCGUGCCCCACCUGCAUCGCUUCCUGAGCAGGAAGAAGAUCCAGCACCACAUCUAUGUGCUCAACCAAGUGGACCAUUUCAGGUUUAACCGAGCGGCACUCAUCAACGUGGGCUUCCUGGAGAGCAGCAACAGCACAGACUAUAUUGCCAUGCACGACGUGGACCUGCUGCCCCUCAAUGAGGAGCUGGACUACGGCUUCCCUGAGGCCGGGCCCUUCCACGUGGCCUCCCCGGAGCUUCACCCUCUCUACCACUACAAGACCUACGUGGGCGGCAUCCUGCUGCUCUCCAAGCAGCACUACCAGCUGGAGGACAGGCAAGUGACAUUGCCUGUCUCUGUCAGUGCAACGGCAUGUCCAACCGCUUCUGGGGCUGGGGCCGUGAGGAUGACGAGUUCUACCGCCGCAUUAAAGGAGCUGGACUCCAGCUUUUCCGCCCUUCCGGAAUCACAACUGGGUAUAAGACAUUUCAACACCUGCAUGACCCAGCCUGGCGCAAGAGGGACCAGAAGCGCAUUGCAGCUCAAAAACAGGAGCAAUUCAAGGUGGACCGGGAGGGAGGCCUAAGCACCGUGCGGUACCGUGUGGAUGCCCGGACAGCGCUGUCUGUGGGUGGAGCCCCCUGCACGGUCCUCAACAUCAUGCUGGACUGCGAUCAGGCUGCCACCCCUUGGUGCACAUUCGGCUGAGUGGGCUGGACAGUACAAAGCCUGUGCCUGCAGGCUACACUGCUGCUCACCCAGUGCAAGGCUUUGGGCCAGGCCAGCUCCCAUAGGAUGUGAGUGGCCUGAAGCUACCGACAGCCAGCCCAGUGGCAGGCAGAGCUGGGCCAGGACAUACAUUGUGCCUGGACACCACCAGCAAUAAACAGUGAUGGGGAGAGGCUGGAGUGAGGCCCCCUGGGACUGUCCACCCUGCUGUCUGCCUGCCCCACUCACCCUCCUUCAAAUGCUGAGAUCUGAGCAUGGUGGGAGGGUUCCUGGGCCAGCGGGGCUGAACAGGACCAUCUCUGAUCAGCCUGGUUUUGGCCCUUCUGCUCUGAGCCACCUUGGGCAGAGACACAGUUUGGAAGCCAGGCAGCUGAUGUCAGUGGACUGAGACGCAGGGAGGGCUGGAACUCCAGAAACCAGGGUGCAAGCCCCGCAAAGAGGGACAGCUGAGGCUCAGCUCCAGCUGUUUGUCACCAGGCAGGAGUGUGGACUUAGUGUUGCCAGAUCUCCUGUUUCUUCAAAAGAAACCAGAAUUCUGGAUCCUUAAGUGAAAUCUUCUGAUUUUUAAAAGAUAGCAAUUGAAACUUUCAAAAAAUAUGGCAGACCAAACAAAAUGUAUUGUGGGCCACUAGUUUGUCACCUUUGGUUGAGGGGUAGGGGAUGGGGAAAAGAUGACACCUUUCUGAAUUCUAAGCUGGCAAGGAAUUGGUGCAGGGCUGGGGACAACACAUCCAGGGGAAGCUCCGGGUGAGAGGAGAAACCCAAAGCACAAGGUUCCUGUGCCCCCACAGGCCUGUGGGAUUCCAGGGCGCUCCCUCUGUGCCCCUCUGGGCAGUCUGGCCACCUGCAGGCCCUGUCGGGCUUGGACUCCGAUCUCCCCCAGGAGGGCUGCUUCAUCCUGCCUCAUGGAGGUAGAUGGAGAAAGGAGGGCAACUGAAGAAAUAGAUCUGCAGGACUGGGCUGAGGGCAGACAGGGCGCAGUGGCAAGGACUGAGGUCUUGGCUUGAGGGAGGGCAGGUGACGUUCCUGAGGAGGAGGAGGAAGAUGCAGAGAAGUAGAAUCUCUGGAGCGUUCCCAAAGUACAGGGCAGAUCACCAGUGAUCACCAGAUGCCAAGGAGAGAUCAAGAGCAAGAGCCGAGGGAAGCCCUGGGAUUGGUCUUGGGAAAACAUUCUGAGGGAAGCCUGGGGCCAACAAGAGAACGCGAGGUUGCAGGCCCUGCAAGGUAGAUGGCCCCUACUAGGUGUUUGACUGCAAAUGUUUGGGGCAGAAGCCAGAGGAGACUGUUACAACCAGUUAAGGUUGGCUUAAAGAUAAUGUUGGGACACCUGAGGUGCUGGAAAAGGGAAGGAUUGAGGCCCAGAGUUUAGGAGGGUGGAGUCAACAGUGCUGGUCUCAAAAGACUCUGCUGGGAUAAUCUCAGGGCUGCUGUGUGCUGUUGUAUGGGUUGUGCACUGUACCACUUGUGCAUAAGCCAAGAGAUUUAAACAAAGAUGGCUGAGGUGAAGCUUCAGACUUCACGUGACUGUUCAGAUAUAUGGCUGAGGGCCCUUGUGAACCUAAACUGGCCUCACGUACUACAGUGAGGGGCACACAGGCCAGAACCACAGUGCAGGGCUGGAGGGAGGGAUUUUCUCAACUCCAGGCCCAGGAGAGGGGAAUGAGAUGCUUUCUGUGACCAGUCUCCUGGGCAGCCCUGGCUGUGUCACCUGGGAGUUAUAUAAAAUGGGGACAGUAAUGCAGCCCCCUGGAGUUGGUGGGGAUGGAUAUGAUAUCAAAGCCCCCAGACCUGUAGUCACCUGGCAUGGAGGAAAACCUUGAAGUUCCUUUCCACCUGUACCAGGGAAAGAGGAGUAGGCAGAGCUCUGGAGAACGUGAGGAUUCCUUCACCUCACAGCACAGCUGACACGGCCUGGGCUAGAGGCGCAGCUACCUGCCCCAUGCCCCUGCGAUCCUCCACCUUCUCUGCAUAGCACACCAGUGGGUGCCUUGGGCUGGGCCUAGUGUAGCCCAAAUCUACAGCCCCCCUCACUUCCCACCCUGGGCCUCCACUGAGCCACUGUAGGGAAGGAAGAGGUCUGAAUGGUGGUUGCCAUGGGGAAGCAGAUGGCUCUGCCUUUCUGCACCUCAGUUGCUUCCUCCACGAGAGGGACUAACAUCCCUGCCUUGUUGGCUAGGCCAUGGUUUAAAUGAACCCAGGGUGUAGGCACAUCUGGCAUGGUGCUUGGCCAGCGUGGUCGUCGUAGUAAUAAUAAGGAACACUUGUUGAGCAUUCACAAGGUAAAGUUUCUUUACAUUGGGUUAUUUCCCUUAAGCCAUCCUACCUAAGAGCUGUUGGCCCCCCCGACUCGUGGCAGCCCCUUGUACAACUGAACAAAAUGCUGCCCAGUCCUUUGCCAUUCCGUGAUUGAUUGCAGAUCAGACCACUGUGAUUCAUAGGGUUUUUACUGGGUGAUUUUUUUCAGAAGUAGCUUGCCAGGCCUUUGUUCCUAGUCUAUAUGUCAUAAUCUGGAAGGUCUGUUGAAACCGGUUCAGCAUCAUAGCAGUACACAAACCUCCACUGAUGGAUGGGUGGUGGCUGCACAUGGGCUCAUUGGCAAUAAAUCAAAGCCAGGUCUCUCGCAUGGAAGGUGAGAAUUCUACCUCCGAACCACUAAUGUCUCACCUGAGAGCUAGGUGCUAUUUAUUUUAAAGGUAUUUUUAUUGUUGUAGAAAUAGAUAUAACACAUUUCCCAAUUCAGCAUCUUUUAGGUGUACAGUUUAAUGAUAUCAGUGACAUUAAUCACGUUGUGUAACCAUCACCCGUAGUGUUGCCCGUUUUCCCAUCACUAAACAAACACCCAGUAGAACAAAAAGCCAAACCCACUACGGUCGAUUCCAGCUUUCUAUCCUAUGGGACAGUGGAACUGCCGCAAGGGGUUCCUAAGGCUGUAAUCUUUAUGGAAGCAGAAUGCCACAUCUCUCUCCCAAGGAGCAGCUGGUGGCUUUGAACCAAAAGGUUAGCUGCUGAGCACUUUAACCACUGUGCCACCAGGGAUCCUUAGACACCCACUAGAUACUAUUUAUUUAUUUGAAGAUACUUUAAGGCAGGUUACAACACAGCUUUUGGCCCAUCCUGCCACUGGACAAGGUACAAAUGCUUGCUCGGCAGCUGGGUGCAUUCUUUAGUAGCAUGUUUGAAAAAUGAAUAAGAAUGCAUAUAAAACAAAUAUUCAAAUAGUUUCCACAGGAACACAGAUAAGUGUGACCCCAUCUCCUAGUCUUCCAUAUUGUUGUAUCUGUGCCAACUAACUCUUAUAAAGACAUUUCAAAACUAGCAAUAAUUAAGUUAAAUGGUCCCCCCCAGAUCCCUUAAUUCAAGCUAAACUCACGGUUAACACCUAGAGAAAUGGCACCUACACGUUAGUACUGGCUGAAGCACAAGUCGCUGGAUGGCGUUGCACGCCCCUUACCCAAGCACAGGGCAGGCAGCGUGCUGACAUCCUGCUCCUCCACUUCAGAUGGGAAGUCGUGGCUCUCGAUUUGCUGCAUGAGUUGCCAUGUUGGCCUGGACAUCACAUAGCAGAUAGCUGGCCUCUGGAACCCAUCGAAAGUAGAAGCAGCAGCAACAGUGUAAGCACCGAACUUUUCGAACAGCAUUUAAUCACCCACAUGCAUUUCUAGCAGGUCACAGUGUUCAACAAUCCAAUCAAGGCCAUCACAUGUCAGUCCCCACAUGCUAGAUGAAUAAUACUUCUCAUCUGGCUUGGGGCACUUUUGCAGAAGGGGCUUUACAUGUGCGUGAUCAUAAAGGACGCAGUUGAACUGAUCCAUAAACUCCAUCAUUCACAUAAUACAUAAAGGUUUGUUCACUUGAUUCAGCUUUAUCAGAGCCUAUCUGUUUCUUUCAUACAAUUUUCUUUACAAUAUUAACACCAAGGGUGAAAGCUGAUGCAACAUAGGAUCUGCCUGGCUCAACUAUGAUUUUCACUCCAGAAUCUGAUGGAAAAUACUUGUCAAUUGCUGGGUUGAUUACACUGGUGAUCUCUUCAAAUUUAAGCGUCACAUCCUCAGAUCCAGGAAAGCCGCCACCAAUAUCAAGCAGACACAUGCUGAAACCAACCUCAGCUCCCAUGUCAAAGACACAGCGGUUAUCAGAGAUGGCCAGCACAAAGGUCUCAGGGUCGGUACAGCCACUUCCCACAUGGAAGCUGACACCAAUGAUAUCAAUAUUUAGCUCUUCAGCCCAUUCCAAAGGAAGCUUGCUGGUUCUGAGUGCGGCACUGCCCCCCCCAAAAUGUGUGUAUCAAUUUGGCUGAGCUGCAAUUCCCAGUAUUGUGUGAUUUUCCUAUACGUUGCAAAUCCUGCCUCUAUGAUGUUAAUGAGGGAGAAUGCGAGGCAGUUGUGUUAGUGACGCAGGACUCAAUCUACAAGUUUGGGUUGUGUCUUGAGGCAAUCUCUUGAGAUAUAAAAGAAAGCAAGCAGAGAGAAGGGGACCUCUUACCACCAAGAAAACAGUGCUGGGAGCAGAGUGUGUCCUUUGGACCCGGAGUCCCUGCACAGAGGAGCUCCUAGUCUGGGGGAAGACUGAUGAGAAGGCUGACAGAGAGAAAAAGCCUUCCCCUGGAGCUGACGCCCUGAAUUUGGACUUUCAGCCUACUUUACUGUUGAAGGAAUAAACUCUUUGUUAAAGCCAUCCACUUGUUAGGCAGCACUACAUGGGUAAGACAGGUACCAGAUUUAACACGCAGGCCACGGACUGCUUUGGAACCAACUCGGCCUUGGGAUGUGCCCUGGCAACUUUAAUCAACUCGACCUCGCUAUCAAAAGUCAUCAUCUGAACUCCAUUCCUGGCAGCAUACUUAAUUUGAGAUACUUGUUUACAAGGAUUUGCAUAGAUUAUCCUCUCUGGAGGUACACCAAGCCCCAGUGGUGUUACAGUCUUGCUAGCGCAGUCAGAUCCUGUCCCGAUAGCAGCUAGGGUCUUCACCAGGGCUCUACUGUCAUUACAUUUGACGGCAUAAAAGGGGGUGACACGUGGAAGAGCUUUGAACCAUCUUCGAUGUUCCUUUAGGAUGUCACCAAGGCAUCUUCAUCUGAAGAAGAGACUUCAUUAGUUUUUUAGUCCAGAAUGUCCUUGGCAGUAAAACCUGCAACAAGGAAAUGGCAGUCAAACUCUUUACGAC